CUGCCCAUAAAGCGCAAAAGUUUUAUUUGAAUGACGUUCUCAGACAUUUACUGACGGCGUUCAAAGUCAUGCGCCACUUUCAACACCGGAAUUUUCAUCUUCAGACGGGGAUUCAUCUGAAUUCAGUUACGUCAAAGACAGACCUAAUCUUAUUGAAGUACUCCAACUUAUAAUAAAAAGGGCCAGACAAGAAAAAUUGCCAAGUUCUUCAAUCAAGUUUUUUCAUUCUACUCUAAGACCAUUCGCAUUUUUUCACCACAAUGUCUCUCAGUCGGGUACCAAUGUUUCGUAUUUUUCUUUUGAUGACUACUCAAGUACAAGUGAGCAAUACGAUUAAUAAAACCACAGAAUCCACAAAUGCCACUACUAGUAGCACAUUCAAGUGUGGACAGGCUCCGGUUCUUUUCCAAGACGAAAACAAGGAGCGCAUCAUUAACGGAACAUAUUCACCAGCCAGAGGCGCCUAUCCUUUCAUGGUCAAUAUUAAACUCGGGUGGCAACAUUGGUGCGGGGGUGCUUUGUACGACAAAAUUACUGUCAUUUCUGCCGCCCAUUGUUUCUGGAGAGGUCAAGAUGUCAGCGAUUUGAAACUUUUCUUUGCCGAUUUCGACCAGAAAAUAGGACGUUUUUCAAUUACCCUUCUCUCGCCAAUGUUCCAAAACAUAGCAGGAUACACCUACGAAAAAGGCCAAGAGAGACGGUACGUUGAGCGUAUCUUUAUUCAUCCCGACUACCAAAAUGGAAUUGUCAACGACAUUGCAAUCAUCAAACUGACGGAACCAGUUCCCUUCACAGAUAUGAUUCAACCGAUAUGUCUACCGAGUUUCGAAGUUCAAGGAGGCGAGCAAGCGGUGACUUUGGGGUGGGGAUACACUUAUGGGACAGCCAACGGAAACAUCUUGGGAGUGCUGCAUGUUCCUGUGAUUCCACGAUCGAUAUGCUCCAGCGGCAACUGGUACGGAGGUGCAGUUAAAGAAUGCAUGAUUUGUGCGGGAUACAAGGACGGAAUGUGGGACUCCUGUCAAGGAGACUCCGGAGGUCCCCUUGCAGUGCAGAACGAGAAAGGGGCCUUCGAAUUAAUCGGAGUGACUUCUUGGGGACAGGGGUGUGCCAAAUCACACAAACCUGGGGUGUAUGCUGAUGUAUAUGACUACAUAGAUUGGAUCAGGGAAACAGCUGGGGAGCCAGACUACUAUUAAUUUGAUGGGGAGAGAAAUAAAAAAUAUUACUUGCUGCAGUUUUGAAGAAUUAGUCAAUACGGCGGAAUAAUCAUAGAUCCUAUGAUUUAACUAACAAGGCCAACAGACAGCUGGAAAAGCGUCCAAAAGCUCAGAGACUACAU